UAUUUGCGUCCUGACUGCACCAUGCUCAACGUGCCGUGACUGCGUAACACUGGCUGUCCAAGAAACAAAUAUCCAAGAUCAAGCAGCACAGUGGCUCAGUGGGUAGCACUGUCGCCUCACAGCAAGAAGGUCCCGGGUUCGAUUUCCAGAGCUUUUCCUCUUAAGAAGACUGUAAAUCUGUUUGAGAUGACACCUACAAAGAAGUUAGACUCGUUAUUAGAGAACAGAGAGAUACCUGACAUCCUUCUGGAGCUGCGCUUGGACGCCUUGAAGACUUCACACCAACAACAUCUUAAGCAGAUCGAGCAGCAACAUCAGGCUGAUUUAGAGAGCCGGAUCCUGGAAAACUCACUGCUCACCACAAGCACUGAUGCUCCACUGAAGACCAAUGAGGAAUGGCAAAAUGGCUACAGAGAGGAAAACACUUUUAAGAGCAGAGGAAGUGCCUACCUGUUUACUCGACCUCAGAAAUCCUCCUCCACACCUAAUCUCAGCUCCAAAAUCAGCCAAGCCAAAACUUCUAGUACAUUAAGAGCUGCUACAAGCAAGUCACAUGACACCUGGAAGAGAACAAAUCCCGAACUUAAAGACUCCAAGCUAAUUAAGGAAGAGUUGGACUGGGCUGAGUGUCAGAAACAGUUCCAUGCAUCACCUGUGCCUGAGCAUGUCUUUAAAACCCUUUAUAAUGAUAUAUUACAAAAACAGGAACUUACGAGUCUGGAGGGACGACAGCAGAGAAAAGAGUUGCUGUUAUCAAUGCAGAAACCUUUUACUACUCACCAGAAAGAGGAUAGAAGGAUGAACGAGACUAAACCAGAAACUAACCCCAAAAAUCAAAGUAGAAACAGAAAUCUUGCUGGAAAAAGAAGAGCUAUACCAAAAGCAGUCACAGAUUCAAAAAUCUCCGAAAAAUUAAAAGAGGAGGAGCAGCAGAGGAAGAUCCGCAUUCAGAUGAGAGCUCAGGAGACUCUCAAGGCCUCCUCUGCCCCCAUUCAAAGCCAGUGUACCAGAGCUAAUCUUCAAGCCAAUACUGCACAGAUAACGAAGAGCAAACUUCUCGGUUUCUUACAGCAGACGCCUUCCUUCCAACCAAAGAUCAACACUAAAGUACCAGAUUUUAAUAAGCUGUACCAGGGUUUCCAGAAAGAGGUGAUGGAGAGAGGAGAAAGAAAAGAGGUCACUGUCUGUCAGCCGUUCCAACUGCUCACAUCAACUCUUCGACAACGUAACAGCAGGAGCAGUCUAGACAAAUCAACCAAAGCUACAAGCAUUGACAGUUUAAAGAGAAGCAAUUCUUUUGGAGGCUUGACAUCGUUAUCCAGGGAUACUCUUCCAACUUAUAUAACUGAUGCUGCCAGGAAAAGGUCCAUAGCCAUAAGGAAGUCUAUGGAGCUGAGGGACAAUAAAGAGCAGGAAAGCACAGAGUGGAUGAAACAACACAGACUGAAUUCUCAAGCUAUAAGCAGAGGAGUUGCAGCCAGAUCUAAAGCCAUGGACCCUCAUAAGAGUCUAAAAGAGGUCUUUCAGGAGAAACUUAAACAGCACAGACAGGCUGAUGAAGAGAGGAUGAAUGACUAUAAAAAAGAACUGAGGGAAAUGAAAACUCGAGUCACAACCCGCCCUUACCUCUUUGAACAGGUGUCACAGAAAAUUGCUAAGUGUGAUGCUGAGCGCAGAUACAAAAACACUUUGGAGCAAGCAGGCUUGGAUGAACAUUUUGUUAGAUCCAAGGGUGAAAAUGAUAAAAGUCCUCAGACCUCAAAACAGGAGGAUGGUGAUGAUCACAGCUCUGAAACUGACUCCAGUCAGCGGGAAGGAAGUGAAAAAGACUGUGCCCUAAGUGAGGAGAGAACAGAAGAGGAUGGUAUGAAAACCAAAGAGGAAGAAGUCAGCUGACUGAACUAGCAGUUGGCAUUUGGUGAACACUGUGUGUUUCGGUCAGGAACAAGAUCACUGGCACUUUCCUACAUUCAGUUUGGCAUUUGAGUCUUGUUGAAAAUGUGGUAAGCCAUCUAGAUCACAAAGAUAUAAUUUUCCUACUUUCAUGACUUGUAUUUAGAUGUUUACAUAUCACAUGUGUAAGUAAUUUUAUGGGAUGAUUACGAUUCUGUUUUACCUAAAUGGAUUCUGGCCUUGCAACAUACUUAUUAAAA